AAUUAUUAGCUAGCCCUAUUCAAAAUGUUAAAUGCAUAACCACUAAACUAAGCCAACUAUAUAAAUAUUAACAACAAUUUAACUGUCUGUAACAGCCCAAGUUCAUUCCAAUUACUUUGAUAGAUGAUAUCCAAGGCGAUGAAAAACUUGGCAGUUUAUAGAAAAGAAAUGGAAUUUAAUUGUUUUCAUAUUAUAUCUAUUGCAUAUUGUUAUAUACAUAUACGUAAACCUAUACAACCGUAUACCAAAUUAAUUAUUUAAUUUAAAAUUAUAUAUACAUAAAAUGGAUAUUUGGAAUGGAAAUGUUUUGAUUUCUAAUUUAUUGCACCUCGAUUUCUUAUAUAUAAUGAUACAGCCAAUCAAGUGUUAUCUAUAAAUUUUGAAGAUAGUUAAUAUUUAGAAAGAAUAUACUUAAAGGAAAUUACCCGGCAUGGCACGGCUUAUGUGAAUAUGAUUUAAAAUACCAAUCGUAUCGAAAUUGUUCUCAAUCGCCUUUGCUGCAGAAUUUGAACCAGCGACUGCUCGCUUAUUAGUUUGACGCUCAGCCACACUGGCUUAUAACCCAAGUUAGGCUCACUUUCGAUUCAAAAGAAAGGUUCAGUAAUUAUGUAAGCUUCCUAAAAGGUCAGAGCAAAUAUUUGAAAUGUAUAUCUCAUUUUUUUUAGACAUAUAGUAGGAAUUAUUUAUAAGAUUUGUUAUCUUUAAAGUGUAGAAAAACUGCGUUGACUUCUGCAAUAUUUGUUUAAAUUGCGUGUGUGAAAGUUUUUGGCAGUUUUCUAAAUGCCAGACCAAACUUCCGGCUUUCCUUGCAGCUGUCCCUCCUAUCAUUUCCUUUCACUUUUCACAUUCUAAUUGGAGCAGCUAAUUUCCGGCAUUAAUGGCGGAAAACCUCGGAACAGUUGCCAAAAAAAAGAAAACAGAAACAACAAGCCAAAGUCAAAACAAAAAUAACUCCACAGCUCGUUAGGCCUGUGCGUUGCCCGGGACAACGCGCGAGCGGGCAAUCAAUAAAAAAGUAAACAAAAGUAAAAAAUGUGGAAAAAGCGAGGAAAAUGCUAUUGCAGGUGCGCAGGAAUUUGGGUUUACGAGCAGCGCAUUGACGUAUGGCAGCCGCCAAAAUAAAUAAUAUCCUAGUAUUCGAUUUGGAAUGCAAACAUAGAGAGUUUGUGCCAGUUUAGAGUUUGAACCAAAUCCCUGCCAAUGGGCCAGCCAGCAGGAUGACGCCCAAGAAAAAGCGACAGCGCGGCGGCAAGAGUCGCGUCCAGGCCCAACAACACCAACAGCUGCUGGCUGCCCUGGAGCUGAACGACAGCUGCUGCGACAUUUGCCACUGCGACUGCUACAGUUCGCACAGCAGCAGCAAUGUGAGCGGAGGCGCACAGUCGGCAACGGAGCAGCAGCUGCAGCAACUGGAGCACGAGAUACACGCCUUGGAGCAACUGCAGCGCAGCGAGAGCGUCCAGUGCGGCCAGCGGCGCAGGCAACGCAGCGCUUCCAAAUCCCCAAUCCAGGCAAAGGCCACGCACAAUCGACGCGGCUCCGCCGAGUGCCAGACGCGCGUCGCCACAGCCUCCGCCAGAGGCAGGCGCUCCAAGAGCGCGGGCAGCCAACGCAGCCAGUCCAGACAGGCAACGCCGGAGAAGCCUAACAAACAGCGAACGGGACGUGCGGGCGCGUUGCGCGAUUGCCAGAUGCUGCAGACUGUGUUUGGUUCACUGAACGCUGUCGAUGCCACGACGCUGGCCAUCAGCGGCAGCAGCAGAUCCAAGUCGAAGUCACAGGAGAACAUGGCGCUGGUGCCGUUGGCCCAGAACUUGGCGCGCGGCAACUCCUUGUGCGCCUCCAUGGCCAAUCUGUGCCUGGCGCCAACGGUGCGCGCCGCCUACGCGCAGGUGCCCAGCCACGAUCAGAGGAUACUCAAUCGGAUGGCCGUGAAGCGCAGCGAACGGGCGGCGGACAAGGAGCACGCUUGGCUGGCGCGCAAGUACUGGGAGAAUGAGCGGCUGGAGCGUCAGCUACUCAAGUGCGAGCAGCUGGAGGAGUACAAGCGCGCCGUGCACGACAAACAGUUUCAGGACUAUCUGAUGACCAAGGCGCGCCUCCAGGCGCUGGCCGAGCGCGAUCUGGCCGAGCUGCGACGUCUGCGCGGCGCACUGGACGCCAAAGAUGCGGCGGCCAAGCAGCGCUUGGACGCGAUGCGACUGGAACGUGACCUGACGCUGUGCCAGCGCCGCUAUGAGGAAUCGCGACGCAACGAGGCCGUCAAUCUGCAGCAGGAGGAGCAACAGCUGGAUGCGACACUGCGGAAGCGUGACACUUGCAUGCGGCUCACACAACGUCUGCGCCGGGCGGAUGAGCUGCGCACCCAGCUGCUGGAGGGCUAUCUGAAGCGGCUGCAGCACGACAAUCAAGUGGAGCAGCUGCAUCAUGAGGAGCAUUGGCGCGAGCGCCAGCAAUUGGAGCGCCUGAAGCGUGAGCAGCUGCAGCAUGACAUACAAAGGAAACGCCAGCAAUCGCAGCGCUUUGUGGACUCUCGACAGCGGCGACACGAGGCACGCUUCCGCACUGCCAAGAUCUCGGCCAGCCUCAGGGAGCUCGUCCGGCAGUCUGUCACACCUGAAUCGGCUCUGGAUCAGCAUUCGAACAGUUUCUAUGCCCAGCAGCAGUCACAGCUGGGUCGCCUGCUUUUCAAGAAAGAUUCUGCUAAAUAGCUAACCAACGUGUUUUCAAAUAUGCAAUUGUUGUUAUUAUGUAAAUAAAAUA